GGUCUCAGUUCCCGCCUUCCACAAACAUUUUUUCUUCUCUUCUUCCUCUUCAUUUCACAGUUCAUUUCCACUCAAUGGCUUCAUCACUCACAGAAUCAACCCUAAUUUCAGACCUCGAACAAUCCUCCUCCUCAUCAUCACCUUCAAUCUCAUCUCUAUUUUCUAAUUACUUACUCCCAUUCACCGAUCUCACAAACCCUAAAAAACCUCAAACACAAACCCAAAUCCAAACCCUAACUCGAUCCCUAGCCAAACAGUUUCUCUCGUUCCUCAACCGCUCCCUCUCCGUCAUCCCUAAACGCCUCUCCGACCUCUCCAAAUCUCGCAUUCCCGGAAAUAAUAAUAAUGAUGAUGAUAAGUUUGUUCUCGAACUGUUUGAUACUUACAGAUUGUGUUUGGAUUGCUUAGAAUUAGUAGCGCCGCAGCUAUCGUGUAAACCGUAUACCGUGUGUAUGCAGAGGCUGAGGUUGGUUAAUUGUUUGGAGCGGUUAGGGUUUUAUAAGGAAGCGGGAAUUGAAGGGUUUAUGAUUUUGGAGAAGAUUAAGGGGUUGGAGUAUGGGGAGACGACGAAGAAGAAGAAAAAGAAGAAGGUGGGGGAGUUUGUGCCGGAGUUGAUGGAGAAUGUGGAGGAUUUGGAAUUUGUCAAGUUGGUUGUUGAGGCAACUGUGAGUGUUGUGAAAUGUUUGGCUUUAGGGCAGAGUAGAGAUCGUGAGGAUUAUACUACUGCUAUUCGGCUGGUUGAUGAGGUCAUGCCAUGGUUCAGGGUGUUAGAUGCCAAUGCAUAUGAAAAGUUGCAUAGAGUGCUUGUGAUUUACUUGGGCAAAUGCACUCGGUUUUUGGUCGGCGAGCAAUUAAAUUUUGAUGGAGAUGUUGUUCAUUCUUUCUGCGUGAUAUCAAUGGACGAGUACAAAAAGUCAUCUUUGAAAGAUCAGAUAUUCAAGUUCGCCCGUCAAAUCUGUUCCUCUCUGUUCUUGCAUCAAGAUGACAGACCUUUAUUCACCAUUGACAUUUUAAAAAUCAUUUUGGACUCCCUGGCCGAUAUGUGCAAGGUUGAAGAUCAAAAUUGGGGAAUAGAAUUUGUUGAAGUUGUUGAUUAUUGUGCCUAUAAAUGUCGAACUGCGAGUACAUUUUUUUAUAGCACUAUUGAAGCAUGUCUAAAUAAAUUAGAUGAUGUUUGCCAGGCUAUGGAACCAAUCAAUAUGAUUCUAAGGCUUUAUGCUAUUGGAUCAACAUUAACGGAUAAAGUUUUAAAAUCCAUAAUUGAUUCCGCUACAUUGUCCAAAGUCUUAAAAGAUGAGUAUGCAGUUAGCAGUUUGUUUACGGAUGGAGAUAGAAUUUCAAAUUUAUCACCCCUGCUCGGUUCACUUCAAAGUUACUUCAGUAUUGGAAGCAAGGAAAUCUGUGUCUUGUGUGGGGUUGUUUUUAAGGACUCCGAUAGUCUAUCAUAUUUACAGUCGGAUUCCGCAUUAGCUUGCACACAGAAGGAGCGAAAGGCUUUUCUGAAAAGCUACUUAAAUGCAUUGGAGUUCUUGUGUCAGCCUCUUGCUGAAUUAAUAAACUCAGAGAAAAAACAUUUUUUUGCUGAAAAUGAUGUUGCUUCUGUUUCUACUUUUAUGUUUACCGUUCAAGAAGCAUUUGAUCAGUGUUUGGAUGUGUUCCUUUUUUUACACAGUUCAGCAUCUGAAAGAGAGGGAGGUGAUUUUGAUGAAAAUAAGAUUAUACUCAGUGUUGCUGUUGCUGCCUUUACUCUCUCCUUCCAGACCAAGCUAAAAUUUCAGAAAAAUGUGCAUCUAAUGAAGCACAUCAUUGCCAGCAAACUAAUUCAAUAUCAGGGACUGAAAUAUUUAUUCGCAUCUCUUUACAAUCUCGGUGUACAUUUAUACAGAAAUAAGCAAAUGAACGAGGCUUCAAAGGCAUUAAAAUUAUCUUGCAGAGCAUCCUGGACUUAUGCUGUCCUUCUUUGUCAAAUGUAUAUGAACCAGUCCAAUGGGUUAACUUGCGAUAUUUCGGAAGACGUUAUUUUAAACUUUGUUUCGGAGACAUGUACACGAACUGCUUUUGUUUUGGAUGUUGUCUACCAAUGUGCCAGUCCCAAAAUAAAAAAGAUACUAGUAAAUGGUCUUGAAAAUUGGUCUGCUGUUGAAGAUAUAUUGAAAAGGCUGCCGGGUCCUAUGACUUUGGUGAAGCAAUGGGUAAAGGUACAAUGCAAACUUCGUAAGCACUUGGAGGUGGAUGAUAAAGCUUCAACCUUGUAUCAUUUGUUGUCAUUUUCGGGGAAAUUGUCAAAAAGGUCAAUUGGCAAAAUUUUACAGCAGGAGCUUCUUGCAUAUGAAGAAAUACAUGCUAUGUACCCAGAAUUGUGCCAGAGAAUGCAACUUGAAAUAAUAGAUAUUCUCUUGCAAGAUGUGUAUACCAUGCAAAUUAGCCCUGCAGAGAGAUUGAGCCUUCUACUAAGAAAAGGACGGGUGUUGAGGGCCUUUGGCCUUAAAGGUUUGAAGGAUUGUAUUCAGUGUUUGACGGAUGCAAUUUCAACAAUUACACUGAAACAGAAUGGUGAAGAGCAUGUUGACGGAACUCCAAGUUCUCAUAACUUAGCUGUGGGACAUUGCUUGCGUGCUUUAUGUAUCCAGGAAACUGAGCCAAAUUCAAAGCAAAUCCUUCAAGAUAUCAAAGCUGCUACAACUAUAUGGUUGAGUAUUCCAAGUUCAGAUUCUGGUCUUGAAUCAUCUGACAGUGGACUAGUUUUACUGUAUAAUAUAGCUGAUUUAUUAGCAGUGAAGGGUUCCAUAGAAAUUUACCAUGAUGUAUAUAAGCUGAUAAUUAGAAUACUCCAACAAAAAAAUGUGCCAGUGGAGAAGUUCUUGUCCAUCUUGUGGGAGAGUAGAAGGCUGAGUCAUGCCCUGUGUGUGUCACCUGUACAUGAGGAGCUUCUGAAGAAUUUAUCAAGGGAUUAUUGUGAACAAUUGAAGUCUAUUGAUUUCUGGACGCUUUGUCUAAAAGGCUUUCCAUCUUCAGCACUUGGGUUUCAACAAAACUUCUCAUAUUUGUUUACAAGUGUACCCUGCAGCUCUUGUAACCACGAGGCUCCUUUUCAGUCUGAAGUCACAGUCGACGAUAUUAAACGAGCUGCGUUUGAGCUUAUUUCAGUGGUUCCUGUAACCAGUUAUUCUGUUUUCUCUGCUGGAUGCCUAUACUAUGAUUUGAGUGAACAAUUCAUUGCAAGUGGGCGUUUAUUUGAGGCACUUCUGUAUGCAAAAGAAGCCCAUCGACUGCGUACAGAACUCUUUCAGGAGAAGUUUACAUACUCCGUUGAGCAUCAAACUGAAAAGCUUGUUGAUGUUGGUGAUCAUUCUCAAAAGCUCAUUCAUGGUGUGCGCAAUCUACGAGUGAAUGAAUCAGUUGCUUGCAAAUUGUGGUGCUCUGAAAGUAAAUCCUCAGAUGGAGAAGUUUGUUAUCUCAGUCCAUGGAAAGUACUUCAAUGUUAUCUUGAAAGCACUCUACAGGUUGGAAUUAUUCAUGAAAUAAUGGGAAAUGGAAGCGAGGCUGAAACUUUUUUACUAUGGGGAAAAGACAUCUCCUGCCAACAAAGCUUGUCGCUGUUUAUAGUUGCAUUCUGUUCUGUUCUCGGUAAACUAUAUCGUAAGAAAAGGUCUUGGGAUCUCUCAGGAAAGGAACUUCAAAUUGCAAAACAGACUUUGGAAAGUUCUCGUUCUGCUAUAACUUGUGUAAAGUGCAAAUUGAUACUGGAUGUUACUGUCGAUCAGCAACUUGCUGAUUUAUCCCGAAAUUGUAUUUUUGAUGCUAAAAGAAAUAUUUUAACGGAGAGGUUAUCUCAUGCUGAAAGCUUGUAUAAGUUGUCCCUGGACAAAUUGAAUCUUACAGAAUGGAGGAACUCUAUUAGUUGUCCUGAAGAAGUUGAAGAUGGAACAAGAAAGAAAUUUGCUUGCUCUGACACAACUCAGCCGGAUAAGGUGGAUUUUAUUUCCACAAAAUCAGGACCAAAUGCAAAGCUGAAAGGCAGAAAGAAUAAAAAUACCAAGCCUACUGUGAGAUCUUCGUUACAAGAGCAAUCGUCCAUACCUGAGCAAAAUACAAGAAUAACUCGUUCCAGAUACCGCUCUUCUCAAAAUCAAAACGUAAACAGUGUGGAAGAGCUGCAACAUGGCCAUUUCAAACAUCUGAAUGGGAAUAGUGCAUGUGAUUACUCUGAUGCCAACAGCCAAAAAAAGUCAUUGUCAGAGACAAGUAGCAGAAGGGUUGAUUUGGGAUGUGAAGUUGCAUGUGUUUGCAACACAAUGAAGUGCUGGUUCUGUCUGGCUAUGGAAGUUAAAGAAUCUGGACUAUUGAUGAAUUUCAUAAAUAUGAAGUGGGAGCUUGUUAGACGGCGGCUCUCCCUCAGGGUACUAAGUGGCAGAGGUAAGUGCCUAGAAGUUCAUGGUAAACUCCAUGAAGCACAUGAAAUCAUUUUGCAAAGUAUCACUGUUCUGGUCAGCCGAAAUCCAUUUACCCAACCUUAUAAUCAUGUUUCACACACAUGUUUGCUUGAUUUUGUUGGGAGGGAGUUCUAUGGGGAUGCCUUUGCUGUUGAACGUGCAGCUUUGCUCUACAACAUAUGCUGGUUCUUUCUGAAGGGUUACCAUUAUAAAGACAACAGGACCUUUUGCUGUGAUCUAUCCCAUGUUGAAUUGCAAAAAGUAGUUUCAUGGCUGAUGCUAGCCUUCGUACUCUGUCGUGAAGUUCCUAAACUUUUUCAGCAGGUUUCCAGAUUGCUUUCUUGUAUUUUCAUUGUUUCCUCAUCAAGUGAGCAUUUUUCUUUGCCAUCUUAUUGCAAAGUGCUCUCUGAAGGUCAAUGGGCAUCAUAUUUUCAUCAAGCUUCACUUGGUUCACAUCUUACUUAUCAAUUCUUUUCAAAUAUCACCCAGAAACGUGAAGCUGAAAAUAUUAUAGAUGAUCAGGGGCCAAAAUUGACCGGAUCAAUAUUCAAAGGAGCAGAAACAAGUAAAAUGCAAAGGCUUGGACCAAAGUCUCUCCAAGAUCUGGAAAAUUUUGUGACCGAGUUUUUCUCAAGCCUUCCUUGCACGACAGUGAUUUGUAUAAGUUUGAUAGGUGAAUCUUAUGCGAGUUUAUUACAAGAACUACUGGUGUAUCCUUCAUGUGUUUGUGCAUGGAUGCUGUUGUCACGCCUGAACUUUAAGAGUGAACCUAUUGUGAUGCUUCUGCCAGUGAAUUCAUUUUCAGAAGAAGUUUCAGAUGAUGAUGCACCAAAGCCUAUCUCUGAAGAAUUUUCAGAGAUGAAUGACUUGGAUAAGCAUUGGCACUGUCCCUGGGGUUUCACUGUCAUUGAUGAAGUUGCUCCUGCAUUUAAAUUUAUAUUAGAGGAGAAUUACUUAUCUUCAUCAAUAUUUCCUUUGGAGGAUACUAAAGAGAACAGACAACUAUGGUGGAUGAGGAGAAAGAAGCUAGAUUCGCAACUUGGUAAAUUGCUUAGGAAAUUGGAAGAUAUGUGGUUAGGUCCCUUGAGGUACGUGCUUCUUGGAGAAUUGUCCAACCCCAAGCACCUAGAUUCUGUACACAAGAAGCUGAUGCGAAAUCUGAAAUCCAAAUGUAAAUUUGAGGCAAAUGAAAGUUUUUUAAAGGUUAUUCUCGGAGGCGGAAAUAAUUUGUUAGAUGGAGAAGCAUGUAUCUCUGAUCUAUUAUUUUUGAAAAAGGGCUGCUUCAUAAGGAAUGUUUUAUAUUCUGAUGAAGAAACAUCCCAGAUCUUGUCCAAGGAAUUUGGAGCUCAAAAACUGUCUAACAUGGCCAUCGAACUGCUAAAUGAAGCUCUGAAUGAACUUGAAGAGGAUUCUGUUUAUAGAGAACCUCUAAUUUUGGUGCUGGAUAUUGAAGUUCAGAUGUUUCCAUGGGAGAAUUUACCUGUGCUUAGAAACCAAGAGGUCUACCGAAUGCCUUCUGUUGGUAGCAUCAGUUUGACACUUGAUAGAAGCUGCAAUCCUCAAGAACAAGUUGGGAGGAUAUUUAGUACACUUCCUUUCAUAGAUCCCCUCGAUGCAUUUUACUUGCUGAAUCCCAGUGGUGAUCUAAGCAGCACCCAGAAUGCAUUUGAAAAGUGGUUCAGGGAUCAAAAUUUUGAGGGGAAAGCUGGAAGUGCUCCCACUGCAGAAGAACUGACUUCCGCCUUAAAGAGUCACGACCUCUUCUUAUAUUUCGGUCAUGGAAGUGGUGCACAGUACAUAUCUCAGAAAGAGAUUCAGAAACUGGAGAAAUGUGCUGCUACUCUUCUGAUGGGAUGCAGCAGUGGCGCAUUGUCAUUAAAUGGCAGUUAUAUUCCUCAGGGUACGCCAUUAUCCUACCUUUUAGCUGGUUCUCCAAUCAUCGUCGCGAAUCUUUGGGAAGUCACGGACAAGGAUAUUGAUCGGUUUGGGAAAGCAAUGCUUGAUGCCUGGUUAAAUGAAAGGUCUAGCUCUUCCACAGAUUGUGUGCAGUGCCAUGUUUUAGCAGAAGAAUUCGAGGCCAUGAAUUUAAAGGAUCACAAAGUUAACGCGAAGAAGAGAGUCCAGAAGAAGAAAGAAGCUGAAUCUUGUGAUAGUGAUAAUGGCAUGAAGAAUUGUUGUAAUCAUAGACCCAAGAUUGGAUCAUUCAUGAGUCAAGCUCGUGAAGCUUGUACACUCCGUUUUCUGAUUGGAGCAUCUCCGGUAUGUUACGGUGUCCCUACAGGCAUAAGGAGAAAGAAUAAUUUAUAGUAUUACAUCAACAGAAUAAUUUUUCCAGAAGAUUCAGCUAACGAAGUUUCAGCUAAUGCCAUGCACACUAGCAAUUUUUCUGUACAUCUAUAUCUUUGAAGUCUUUUCUUGUCCUCCCAAAUUGGGGAAUGUAAAACUAGUAAAUAAACUGUUAUUUAGUUCAAACGUAUUUGUAUCAUACAAGUUUUAGCAGCAUACAAAAAAGUUAUUAAUUACGCAAAAUUAUGGUA